AUGUUCCUAUUUCGCACGUUUCCUGAAAUUCACUGCGAAAAUGACCUCCUGGCGCAGGAACUGAAGUGCUCGGUGGACUAUGUCCAUUUGGGAAACAGCGCCUUCAAGUUGGAGCGCGGCAAGUUCAACUGGUGGGAUGCGGCCAGAAGUUGCAUGGACCUAGGAACGCAGUUGGCUACCAUCGACAGCGAGCAAGAGCUCAAUGCCAUAUCGCAAUACCUCAAUCAGUUGGGUUUUGGUCCAGACGAAGCGGUUUGGUUCUCUAGCUUUGGCAUCAAGUCCGGGGCCUGGAUCUCGCUGGCAAACUCCAAGAUCCAGACCUACUUCAAGUGGGCCACUGCCGAACCCAAUGACUCGGGCAGUGCGGAAAACUGCCUGGGCAUCAAGUUCAGCAGCGGAACUUGGUUUAUGCAUGACCUAAAUUGCUUCAAAGAAUACUCAUAUCUAUGCGAGGUUAUUCAUAAGAAGACUGAGAAUUUCGAGUUUACUCGGUCAGAUCGGAAUAGAAGUCUUUCUGUAGUUGUAUAG